AUGUAACAAUUUAAAAUUCUCUAGGAAUUAAUUAGAUAAUUAAAGAAACCAUUUGAAAAAAGAAGUGAAGAUGAUUUAUAUCCAAUUGAGAGGAUGGUGAGAAAGAUUGAGUUUUUCUAAAAAUAUUUUGCUGAUCAAAAUGAUCUAAAUUUUAGUUAUUAUUUUGAACAUGAAUAUGCAACAUAAAACACAUCUAUUAUUAAUAUAGAUUCAGUUGGAGAUAAAUUUUAUAUAAUUCUUUAAGGAUAAGUUGGAAUAUACGUUAAACCUAAUGUUGUGGAAGAUAAAGCAUCAUCAACUAAAUUAUUAGAGAUGGUUAAAUUAAGGUUUAGAUAAGCUGUUAACAACAAUAAAUUUAAGGAUUAUUAAAUAAAUAAAAUAUAAUCUUAAUAAUCUGAUUUAGUUUUAAUUAAAAUCUUAUUACCUGGUUAAUCAUUUGGUGAAAUGUCUUUAAUACAUAAUAGACCAAGAGAUUUUACAGCUGUAGCAUUAUAACCAUGUCAUUUUGCAUUUAUAAGAAGAUAAUACUUUAAAGAUGUAGUGAGAAUAGGUUAAGAGAAAUCAUCUGUGAAGGAAAUGGGUUUUUUUGCUAAUUUAGAAAUUUUUGAAGGUUGGAAUGUGAAUUCAAUCUAUUCAAUUUACAAAAUGUUAGAAUAAAGAAGUUAUAGAAUGGGAGAUAUUGUAUAUUUAUCAGGUGAUAUUGUAAAUAAGAUCUAUUUAAUAAAGGAAGGAGCAGUAGAUGUAUAAAUAGUGAUAUAUUAUAUUUAAGUUAUAAUUAGUAUUUGUGGAAGAGAGGGAAGAUUUAGAAGUAAGGACAAUUUCACCUUAUAUGAAAUAGAGAGGUAAGAGUUUGCAUAGGAAGAUUGCAACAUUGAGUAAUCAUUAAUUCUUGGGUUUAGAAGAUGUUCAUAGUCAAGAAUAGAAGCAUAGAUUUUCAUGUGUUAGUUCAAGUUCAGAUACAAUUCUAUUUAUAAUACCAAUAGAAUUAUAUAUGAAGAAAAUCUAUACUUAACCUACAAGUUAAUUGUAUGUGUAGGAGUUUAUAUAAAUUUAAUGUAAAUACUAAGAUUUAAGAGUAUGUUAUUAAAUAUUUAUGAAUAGAAUUCUUAAUUACAAGUAGCCAUUAAUUCACAAAGACAACAAUAAUUGUAGAUAAUAUCCAAAAUGAAUUAAUACUAAAAUGCUGAUAUGUUAUAAUUUUUUUAAAAUUUGUAAGGAAGAUUUAAGACACUUUCAUAGGAGUCAACAAAGAAGUUUUAAAAGAAAUCUAUUGGAGAACGAUCACAAAAUUUGAGUGCCCAUGAAAAAUAUGUAGAUAGAAGUUUUUUUACUAGAGCUAAAGAUAGAUCUUUAUUGGGGAAGGUCUAGACUUAAAGUCUAUAUUAAAAUUAAGCAUAUAGAUAAGUGAUAAAUGAAUCAAGGAUAAUUGAAAAGAAUUUACCAAAUCUUCCUUAAUUUUUGGAGAAACAUUUACCUGGUUUACAUCAUUCUAAAUCAACUUAAGUUAGAUAUAGAAGAUAGAGUCCAUAAAAACAAUAGUAAUUUUAGUUUCAUAAUGUUUAAACAUCUUUGAAUGAAGAAGAAUAAUAAAUAGUAUCAAAUAUUCUUUCAAAGGGAGUGGUUUAUCAUAGGAAAUCUAAUUUAGUUAAGCGAGUGAGAUCAACAGAAAAUUAUUCAUAUCGAAGAGCAUUAAGAUUCCAAGAUUAAACAAAGAUCUGA